UUUCUUAGUGAGGUAGAGGAGAAGAGUCUUUUAGAUCAAGUUGAACCCCGUUUAAAGACCUUACGCUAUCAAUUUGACCACUGGGAUGACCAUUUAGAGCGUCAUUAUUUUCAUUUCUUAAUUAACCCCUUCACAAAAGAAAAUAAGUCGCAGAAAUGUGGAGUUUUACGCUUCUGCUGAGUGCAGUAAUCAUCGCAAUUUAUGGAGAAUCGACGUUUAUACAAACAACUAAUUUUUCGAAAGCACGAAAUGACUAUACAAUGACUUCUGCUACUUCACAAGUCCCAGAAAGUGAUAACAGUUUGAAUAAAGCUGUUUUGUGGUUAAUUGGGCAAAGGGAGAGUAAUUGGGGUUGGAGAAAUGACACCCCUAAGGUACUAAUUGCCCUGCAACUCCUGCAAGCAGAUCCUGAAGUGGCGCAUCUACUUCCCAACAAUUACGAGAUGCAACUGUCUGCAAAACAACUCGAGAUCGAAACCGUCAUCCUUCUUUGGAGGCAUCAUGAAGUUCCCAUAAUCCCGCCCCAACUGGCCCAGUACACCCUAGCUCUGAACGCCAUUUGUCAAGAUCCUAGACAGUUCCAUGGACAUGAUUUAAUAGGGACUUUACUGCACCACGAACCCGUGUUAGAUUUGGACUUUGCUUAUGCGACUUUGGCCGCCUGUACAUCGAACGCGCACGUAAGAAAAAAACAAAUUCGGAGACUCCUGGACAUCGCCAAUUCGGCUAGAGAUCACAAUAUUGAUACCGUAGCCAUGGUGAUAUUAGCUUUGAAAUGUAUCAGCAAAGAUCACAGACACAGAAAUCUACAACAUUCAGUUCGAAGGCCUAGCAUUAAUUUGGCGAGAGAACAACAGCAAGAUGGCGGCUUCGGAAAUUUAUUCAACACAGCUCUAGCCGUACAGGCCCUCUUCGAUAUUAACGAUGUUCACGCACAUUGGAACGAAACCGCGGCAAAAAUGUACAUAGAAUCACGCCAAGACCCAGACGGAGCAUUCACUGACCCUGGCCUGACCGCCGAUAUCAUUUUGGCCUUACAAAACAGAGGUUUGGGAACAAUAAGGAGUCUAGACUGUGGCAGAGCCUCUCCAGACAUCGACAAUCAUGUGGAACUCGACGGACUAACCCAAUAUCAUUUCUACCACGGCAACGACUCUGAACCAAGGAAUAUCAGCAUAAGCUACACCCUUUGGGUGGGCACUAAUAUCACCGAAAAUUACACCCUAACAAUAGUAGCCCCAAGGAACACCUCGUUCUAUAAUAUAAUGCAGAUGGCUAUGGACAUGGACUCGCAUUUCACGUUUGAAGCAUCCGAAUGGCCUAAUGGACACUACGUGCACACUCUGGCCGGGUACAAGGAAGAACCCAUGGGAUAUCACUACUGGUUGCUGUACAGAUUGCCCGAAUUUCCUGACCCUAUGACUCCCCCUGCUAAUCAACUGGUUGCUCCUGUUG